AUGGCCAGCUCCGUUCAUUCAAAUCCCGGCUCUUUGGAUGCCAAACGAAACGUGGAAUACGACGAGAAUGCACCCGAACGUGAUGAAGUUCUCGAGCGAUACGCUCUAAUUAGGGACAAGACUUCAGAAGAGCGAGCUGCCAUUGAGAAGUCCCUUGUACGCAAGCUCGACUGGAAGUUUCUUCCAAUGGUCACAGCCAUGCUUCUGAUGAACUAUCUCGACCGAAUUAAUGUCUCAAACGCUCGCCUCGCUGGUAUGCAAGAAGAUCUACAUAUGUCUGACACUAUGUGGUCUCUGGGCAUCUCUUUAUUCUACGUCGGAUACAUCAUCUCCCAAAUCCCCGCCAACGUGAUCAUCGCAAAAGGACGACCCCGGAUUCUUCUUCCUUCUUGCAUGCUUGCGUGGUCUUGCGUCACUAUCUGCAUGCCAGCUGUUACUGCAGGCUGGGGCUUCUGUCUAUGCCGUUUCAUUAUCGGACUAGUCGAAGGACCCUUCGUUCCGGCCGUUUCCCUCAUGACCUCAUCCUGGUACACAAAGCACGAGUCCCCUUUGAGGAUGGGCAUCUGGCACGCUGGAAACACAAUCUCACAAGCGUUGUCCGGUCUGCUCGCUGCUGGAAUUCUGACUAACAUGGAGGGUGUCGCUAACUUGCGAGCGUGGAAGUGGUUUCUCCUCCUUGAAGGCGCCGCGAGCAUUCUUGUUGCUAUUGCCAGCUUCAAAUUUAUUCCAAACUUUUCCGAUAACACUGGAACAUACUUCAUUACCGAGGAAGAGGCUGAGAUGGCUCAGUAUCGCCAGGCUGUUUCGGCUGGUGGUUUGUCUGAAGAUGAUGCUGGUGACUACUGGGGAGGUUUCUGGAUGUGCAUGAAAGAUCCUUUCUCACACCUCUUUGCGGCUAUCCAUUUCUGCUUGAUCAUCGGUCAAUCCUACAAGGACUUCUUCCCCUCUAUAGUCGCGACCCUCGGCUUUUCAGGAACCACUACGUACCUCAUUCAGGCCCCUCCGCCAAUCAUUGCGUUCCUUGUAACCUUGGUCAUAUCCUGGUCGUCUGGUAGACGCCUGGAGCACGGAUACCACAUCAUCGUGCCCAUUCUCCUCACAUUGGUGGGAUGCGCAGUUAUGAUCUCUACACUAAACGUUGGCGCUCGAUACUUCUGCAUGAUCCUUCUCGUCAUCGGACCUUUUGUUGGUCUCAACCUGCAAAUCUCUUGGGAGACUACGGUGGUACCUCGACCUCGUACCAAGCGUGCUGCUCUGAUUGCCUACGCUAACUGUGUUUCCUCUGUGUCUCAUUGGUUCACACCUUACUUCUUCCUCCGAAACCAGGAGCCAUACUAUCAAACUGGUGGUGGCGCGAUUAUUGCGGGCUGUGGUCUCGUCGUCGUUUUCGUGUUGAUUACUAAAUGGUAUGUUAACAAGAAGAACAAGGAACUGGAAGCUGCAGAGAAUGCUGCUGGGGAACCCAAGGGAUGGAGAUAUGCUGGCUAG